UCCUGGAGGUCCUGACCUGGGGGCUCUGACCUAGGGGUCCUGGGCAUGGGAUCCCAGGGAAUCUGAACUGCCAUGGGUGCAUCCAAGCCCCCCAACUUCUCGUGGGUGGUGGAAGGCCGGCUGGCGGGGCUGGCGAUGCCGCGGGAGCCAGGGCACUAUCGGUACCUGCGGGAGCACGGAGUGCGGCACCUCGUGUCCCUGAGCGAGCGGGCCCCGCCCCACCACGGCUGCUGUCCCCAAAUCCAGCUCCACCGGCUCCGAGUGCCCGACUUCACCCCCCCGAGCCCCGAGCAGAUCCAGAGCUUCCUGCAGAUCGUGGAGGAGGCUAAUAGUCGCGGGGAGGCUGUGGCAGUUCACUGCAUGCUGGGCCAUGGCCGGACUGGCACCCUGCUGGCCUGUUACCUGUGCAAGGAGCAGCACCUGGCCGGCGCUGACGCCAUCCGCGAGAUCCGGCGGCUCCGGCCCGGCUCCAUCGAGACUGCGGAGCAGGAGCAGGCCGUGAUCCGCUUCUGCCAGUGCCUGCGCACUGGCGAGGAGACCUGAGCACGUGGAUGGGAUCGUGGAAUUGGGCACCCCAAAGUGCUGGGAGUUCCCAGCCCCGUCUGUUCCCUCCUGCAUUAAAGGACUGGCCUGUG